UAACAAGCCACUUAACUACAGUCAACUAACUCCGGUUCCAAUUGCCCACUUCAAUCUCCGAAGCGGCUCAAUUCAAUUAAAACGAGCGCAAACCCACAAACGAGUCAAAAGCUGGGUACACUUUUCAGAUUUCAGUUCCAGAAUUUGCCGGCAGCUGGAAUCUGACUAAGCAAUGUUUCCGGCGAAAGUUGAAGGUAAUGUAAAGCAACAAGGCGCCGGUGCGGCAACGGAAAAGGUUGUUGUGGCUGUUAGAGCAGAGAGAGUGAUCUCCAAGACUGCAUUAGCAUGGGCUCUGAGUCACGUCGUUCACGCCGGCGAUUGCAUAACGUUGCUCGCUGUUUUUGCCACGAAGAAAACGGGUCGGAGAUUAUGGAACUUCCCAAGAUUGACAGGGGAUUGUGCGAACAGUCACCGGGAGAGAUUACCGGAUCGGAUUUGUGAGAUCUCCGAGUCUUGUUCUCAGAUGGUUCUCCAGUUCAACGACCAAGUCGAGGUUAGAGUGAGGAUUAAGGUGGUAUCAGGUACACCUGGCGGUGCGGUGGCAGCUGAAGCAAAGAGCAAUGGAGCCAACUGGGUCAUACUGGACAAGAAACUGAAGCAAGAACUAAAGCAUUGCAUGGAGGAACUCCACUGCAACAUUGUUCUGAUGAAGGGUUCUCAACCAAAAGUCCUUAGGCUGAAUUUGGGAAGCUCAAAUGAACUUCAAACACCUUUCUUUUCUGCUUCUUCUUCACCAGAUAUGGAAAACAGAACAUUGCAAGGUCACAAGAUCAAGCAUUCUACUCCAGUGAGCAGCCCUGAAGAUCCAAGUACUUCCUUUACUAGAACCACAAGGGAAGGUUCAUUAUCAAGUUCUGAUACAUUGACUUCCCCUUUCCUUGUUUAUGAACAAAAUCCUCUUUUUGAAGGACUGAAUAAAGGAAAAUACAGGCCAGUUUAUGAAGAUGAUUCAGAUGAAUCACCAACAGCACUUGACUGUGAAAGGCUUAUCACUCUUUCAGCACCCCCAGCAUCAUCUGUGAAAAGUGACCAUCAGAGUGUAUUUUGGAUUCCCCAAAACCACAUUGUUGCUGAGAAGGCCCCAUUAAACAAAAACUCCAGAAGCACCCAAAAAAUGAGAUCUCCUUCCAGAACUCUACUCGACAAGUUUGUUGAGUUUGAUAAAGAUACGAGGAUCAGAGGACCUGGGUCCAUCCAAACCCGUCAAAGAGACUACAGUUUUGACUCAACCAUCAGAGAGGCGGUCCCUUUAGGCAGAACUUCCUCAAAACCACCUCCUUUGUGCUCACUUUGCCAACACAAGGCUCCAGUUUUUGGAAAACCUCCAAGGCAGUUUGCUUAUGAAGAGCUACAAGAAGCUACAAACGGAUUCUCAGAUGAAAAUUUCUUGGCAGAAGGUGGGUUUGGUGUGGUUCAUAGGGGGGUGCUGAGAAAUGACCAGGUGGUUGCAGUGAAGCAGUUAAAGUAUGCUGGGUCUCAAGGAGAUGCAGAUUUUUGCAGGGAAGUGAGGGUUUUAAGCUGUGCACAGCAUAGGAAUGUUGUGUUGCUUAUUGGAUUUUGUAUUGAAGGGAGAAAGAGAGUAUUGGUUUAUGAGUACAUAUGCAAUGGCUCCUUGGACUUCCAUUUACACGGAAACAAGACAACCCCACUGGAUUGGCAAUCACGGCUGAAAAUUGCAAUUGGAACAGCACGAGGCCUACGAUACCUUCAUGAAGACUGUAGAGUGGGUUGCAUAGUACACAGGGACAUGCGACCUAAUAAUAUCCUCCUAACCCAUGACUUCGAGCCUCUGGUUGCUGACUUCGGACUUGCUAGAUGGCACUCUAACUGGGAUAUUAAUACUGAGGAGAGACUGAUUGGAACUUCUGGGUAUCUUGCACCAGAGUAUUUGGAUGGUGGAAAAAUUACACAGAAAGUUGACGUAUAUGCAUUUGGAGUGGUAUUAUUAGAAUUAAUGACAGGACAGAGGGCCAGAGACUUGCAAUUUUACAGGGGACGGCAUUUUUUACCUGAGUGGAUCCACCCUCUCCCUGCAUUACAGCCAAGCCAUAUUUUAGCUAAUAACUACCAACUUGUGGAUCCAUGCUUAGCCUCUGAUGAACUCCACGACUUCCCCUAUCAACUACAGGCAAUGGGCUGCGCUGCUUCCUUGUGUCUACGUCAAGAUCCUGAAUCCAGACCAACCAUGUCUAAGGUCCUUAGAGUACUAGAAGGAGGUGAUGCUGCAAUUCCUCUGUGUUUGGACUUGAAUUCAGUUGGAAGUAGAAGUGGCCAUAUGCAUGGUCUGAGCUCACAGACACAGCCUGAGUCAAGGAUAAACCACUCUCGCAGGCUUUCACAUUGAACAUUAAUUCUGCAUUUGGUUGAGGGUGUUCUGUCAUAUAUAGUCCAUACUCCAGAAAUACAUUGGCGAGCCGCUUGCAUGAUUGCAGUCUAUCAAUGGAUCUUGAAGGGCUGCAUCAGCACAUGGAUCAUAUUAUCAAAUCACAUGAUUUCUUUAUAAAAAAAAAUUGAUGUCUUAUAAUUGUUUAUCAUUGUUACCAUUUUUGGAAUCUUAAAAUACCCAAAUGAAGGUCAGUUACAUGUUUGUACACUUGGUUCAUUUGUUGUUCACAUAUAUCAGCCAAUAAAUGAAGGGGGUGAAAAUUAAGGAAA